AUGAGGAUUCAAUUGGAGCUUGUUGAAGCUCUGGCGAAGAAACACGAGAAAAAAAUCACAGAGAUUGUCACGCGAUUUGGCCAAAAUCGAGAUCGUGAUCGCGAGGGAGGUCCAAUUUUUGAAGGAAUCGGCAGCAGUGGUGGUCAUCUUGAGGAUACGAAUCGAAGGGAGAAAUGGUGCAAGCUGGAGAUUCCGAUUUUUGUUAGAGAAGAUGCAUUUGGCUGGACGCAUCGAUUGGAGAGAUAUUUUUUGUUGAAAGAUGUCACUGAAGAUGAAAAGAUGCAAGCGACAGUGAUGGCUUUGGAGGGAAAAGCUUUGAGUUGGUAUCAAUGGUGGGAGAGGUGCAAUCCAAAUCCAAAUUGGGAGAGGUUCAAACUUGCUGUUGUGAGGAGAUUUCAACCUUCCCUGAUUCAAAAUCCGUUUGAACAAUUGCUAUCUCUCAAGCAAACAAGCGUUGUGGAGGAAUUUGUGGAAGAUUUUGAGAAGAAUGUGGGAGCAUUGAGGACUAUUGAUCAAGAAUUCGUUAUUGGAAUUUUUCUAAAUGGCCUUAAGGAAGAGUUGCAAGUAGAGGUAAAAUUUUAUUCUAGAAGUAGUCCCGACACUAAAGCUGAUACUCUGGAGUCUAAAUUGGGAAAUUAUAAGAAGAAUGAAGUUUCUGUUAUGAGUAGUACAUGGAGUGGUAUAGGGCAAAGCCAAAUUGUAGAAAGUGGGAGGAAUAGGAAUGGGGAAUUUAAGCAUUUAACUGAGGCAAAAAUGAGGGAGAAAAGAGUAAAUGGACUAUGUUUUAGAUGUGAUGAGCCAUUUACUAGAGAACAUAGAUGCAAAAAUAGGCAAUUCAGAAUGAUAAUACUAGAAGCAGAAGAAGAAGAGGUAGAGGAAGAGGAACAAAAAGAUAGUUUGCAGACUUUUAAAUCCUUGCAAUUAUCAUUAUGCUCUAUGUCUAGAUUUACCACUUCAAAAUCCUGGAAAGUGGAGGGUUUAUUACAGGACCAUUUUAUUGUGAUAUUGUUGGAUUGUGGGGCUUCCCACAAUUUUAUAGCUACAAAAUUGGUGGAUAAACUGAACUUGAGAGUUCAAGAUACUCCUUCUUACCUUGUGGAGGUGGGAGAUGGCCAUAAAGUGAGGUGCAAAGGAAAGUGUCCCAAAUUAAAGUUCCAAUUGCAGCAACUCGAAAUUGAACAGGAUUUCUAUUUGUUUACUUUGAAAGGGGUGGAUAUUGUUUUGGGGUUGGAUUGGUUAGCUGGUUUGGGGGAAAUCAAGGCUGAUUUUGGCAAGCUGGAACUUAUUGUCAAACAGGGAGUCAAAUUGAUUAAGAUUUCUGGAAAUCCUGCAUUGACAAGAACUGCACUUCCUUUAGGGGCUUUGAUGCAGAUUCUGAAGGGGGAAGGAGAAGGAUUAAUGAUUCAUUGUGAAUCUUCUACUGAGGCUGCCACUGAAAAAGUGGAAAUUCCUGCAGCUGUUCUAGAUUUGUUAGCAGAAUUUGCGAAUGUUUUUGUUGAUCCUCAAGGGUUACCUCCAAUAAGAAGACAUGAUCAUGCCAUCCAAUUAACAGAAGGUGCUUCUAUUCCUAAUCUGAGGCCUUAUAAGUAUCCUCAUUAUCAGAAAAAUGAGAUAGAGAGGAUGGUUAGGGAAAUGAUGGAAUUAGGGGUCAUAAGGCCUAGCUUAAGUCCUUAUUCUAGCCCUAUUAUCUUAGUCAAAAAGAAAGAUGGGGGCUGGAGAUUUUGUAUGGAUUAUCGAGCUUUAAACAAGAUAACCAUACCUAAUAAAUUUCCAAUUCCAAUAAUAGAGGAGCUUUUGGAUGAAAUUGGUGGAGCUACUAUCUUCACUAAAUUGGAUUUAAAGGCUGGAUAUCACCAAAUCAGAAUGAAAGAUUCAAAUAUUGAGAAAACAACCUUUAGGACACAUGAGGGGCACUAA